AUGGCGCGAUCGAGAAGACGCAGCUUUUUCUCUCACGGUUUUGGGCAUGAUACCCUUAAAAAAUUAUGUUAUUUUGCUCUGCCCGAUCCUUUGCCAAGUCAGCUUGCUCCAAGGUCUACUCCCGUCUCAACUUCGCUUCUGAUGCCGUCUGUCCCCUUUGCUACUAGCAGCGCAGCUUCUCCAAGUCACGGAAACUUUGCCUACAUGAACACUCUCGGCUCUUCCCAACUUGACUGCCCUGGACAGAUGCAGGGCCAAUCAUGCGAUCAGCAACUCCUUCAAGUUGGCUUGCCUGCGCAUACACACACUCAUACUCACAUUCGUGCGCAUACACAAGCACACACACGUGUCCAGCAUCGUCAUAACCAUCAGCAGCAUCCACAAUGUCAAGAAACUUUGUGUGCCUUUGCUCACCAAUAUUCCAACCAGCCCCAAGCAGAGGUGCACACCAAUUGUCACUCCCACCACCACCAUCACUAUCAUGCUCAGCAACAGCUCCCGUGCAAGCAGCAACAGCAGCGACAACAACACAUCCACUCUCAGCAUUAUAAACAACAGGCUUUAUUACUGUCAAAUUCAUCUGUCCCCCUUCCCGUGUACCUGACUGGAAACUGCGCCACCGCGCUCGUCGGCAGUCCCCGAUCUUCGAGAGCUGUCACGGGCAACAGUAAAUCGGCAGUAUCUGCUAAUGGCUUCACAACUUCUGGCAGUUCCGGCACCUUGGGCCCUUGCCAGGGCGCGGCUCUGGCUGCUGCGUUGCUGGGGGGCAGCCCUGGAGGUGCAGGAGGGGCCGGGUGCAAUGGUAGUGCCGGAGGCAUUGGGACCUCGCCAUCUGGAACAGCCGGACUGGCCGUCAAUUAUGAGUUGAGCGAGGACCUCCGCGCCAAGGAGAUUGCCUUUAUCGAGCGCUGUUACGGUGGCCGAAUCAGGGCUCAGCGUGCUGCACGGCUGAUACAGACCACCUAUCGAGAUUACCGUCUUCGGCGGGAGUAUUCUCGCAUCCGUGCUGAAAAGCGUACCGCAGGCACUCGGCGGCCGGGAGUUCGCGGACCGGCCAGCCCAAGCUGCUGUCCCGCCUGCUCGAUCGGCGUCUAUAGCCAGCCCGCUGUUGCUAGCAACAUUGUCGGUGGUUGCCAUGAUUCGCACUUAGCUCCAAUGGCCUCAUCAGUGGCCGAUGGGAGCUUAGAAGACUUGGUCAUAAACCGGGCCUACUUUGAUUGGCAGCUCGGUCCAGAAGGGUAUGCAAACCCAGAAUCCGGCCACUCUACUCUACCUACCAAGGCGUCUGUUAAUGGAACUUUGCCACUAUUCUCUGGCCCCGUCUCAUCGAGCAAUGACACUCUUCGUCCUGAGCUUGAAUUUCCCGGGACUCUACAAUCAGAUGAGACACUUUGCCAAGCAAUUGCUCCUCCGCUUUCUAUUAGUUCAGAUCUGAAGUCGAACCAUCCUUGGCAAUCAGACUCAACUGCCCAAACUACUGCAACCAGUGGCGUUGGCACCACCCCCACUUCGGUGUCUCUGAGCAACGCGCUUGCUAGCCCAGCGGCUGCUAGGGACAGUGGGAUCUCCAGCUUUGUCUCUGGUUUCGCUUCUUCCUCACCCGGAUCUAGCUCUUCCAAUUCUUCCUCAUGUUCUGCUUCUUCUUCUUUGGUCUCCUCUUUUGCUGCCGUCUUUCCGAUCGUCGAUGGCGUCAACAGCAUCGCCACAAACGGUGCCACGUCCACAGCCACUGUGACUUGUCAUACCAAGCAUUACGAUCGCGGCAGCCACAGUUGU